AUAUACCUUCAUGUUGUAGUUAUCAUAUUGUUGGUUAAUAUCCCACCUCUGACAACAUGUUUCUGAUCAGCUCUUUAGCUGUGGUUUUGUGUCUCGCUCUAGUUGACGCUAGUGGCGUAGAGAAAGACGGAUUCAAGAAGCUUAAUGUACACGACAUUUGUUUUGAAGCUCGAGGGGAUCGGUUUGGUUCACUGUACAGUUACGUUCACUCUGGCCUGGUUGGAGCCAUUAAACUGAGAUACAAAUCAGGGAAAGUGCGAUGUGUGUCAAAUACUGCCUAUGACAGUCGCUGGGGUUGCGGGCAGUACCACUCCUAUAUCCACUAUCCACUCAACGUUGUUGUAACAGAUAGACAUAAUCACGUGAUUUUCCCUAARAAGGACUACGUAGUUAACGGUGGUCUGUGGUACUGGCAACCCUUCGUUAACGAUGCUAACUCAGACGAAAUCGUGUUCACUGACUUUUCAAGGCCUUUCUAUUUGCCUCAAUACGGUCAAAUUCGUAUCUGGUACGGAGAAGACCUGAAGAACUGGAAUGAAGGAGACAAUCAAGGUCGUGUGUGCGUUGAUGUUUUGGCUAAGUUCGUUUAAGUCAUGAUUUUCCGCGRUUAUGUUCUGUAAUUGUGAUUUCAGUCAUUAAAGUUGAAUUGAAAGAAA